CUAAAUCUCCUCUCGCUUGUCUUUCAGGAAGCACUUUUAUUCGUUGGGAACAUUUUCUUUUUUAAACUACAAGACACUUUAAUAUUUUUACUUGGCGCAUAAUUGAACGUAUACGUGGUUGGUUUCCUAGCGGAUUUAAGUCUUUAGUUGAGCUAUAACAAGCCGUCGAGCGUUUGACUCGACAAGGCUCUAUCAGGUAGCGUAAAAAGCUUAGGGUGGAAUUCUGUAAAUAUUCGCUCAUUUUAAACAGCACCUACUUUCUAUUCAAACGUGACGUGCCGUUUGUUGUACAUCCUGUCAUUCCCUGGCUAAUGUCAAUCAUCUUCUGUGGGAACGUCAACCUGACGUGUCCGCGGCGCCAUCUUGUGGCGUCUUUGUAGCUUGCGCUUUAAACCCGGAUGUGAAAGCACUGAGGUCAGCAUGGGAGGCAAAGUCAGCUCCAAAAUGGCAGCUCCCGCCGCCAGAGUUAUCCAGGCAGUGCGGCCUCACGCACCUAUGAUCAAGUUUCCUAAGAGACAAGGUGUUCCCAAACCAAACGAAGUAUUAAUAACACCCGCGGUCAACUUCCAACCACACAACACUCCCAGUUUGCCGCCAGGGCCGCCUCAAAUAACCAGAAGUCACGUACCUUUGACCCCCAUCCCUGGCACCCCUGACACCUUGGCCUCCAUACAACUAUUCCCUGCAAGAUACCGCCGUAGACCCGUGGCGGUAGAAGAGAUGGACUACAUUCAGCGUGGUGGACCAGAGUGAUGACACAUUUAAUUGACUGCAACCAAAGCACACAUUUAUGGAGAUUGUCAUCCUUCAAGAUGCACAAAGCAAAAUAACAUAUUACACAAAUCCUGAUAUAUAUAUAUAUAUAUAUAUAUAUAUGUUAAUUUUUCAGAUAUUGAUCUUCAAUGUUUUACAGGACAUUUCUAUUUAAUUCUGUGGAUGUUCUCAUAUAAAGUUGGCAUCUUGACAAGCUGUCUUGCCCAAACUCCUGCUUUAGCUUAUUUUCUGUUGCAAAAUUAGUCUUACCUGCAAUACUUACAAAACAUAAGCCUUUCUCCUAAUGUUGCCUGGGAUGUUGAACAUCCCUCAGCACUCAGUCAACACGUUUGUUCAAUGCUAGAUGCAAGUCGUCAUUAAAGCAAUAAACUC